AUGGCUGCGAUGAACGGAAAGGCAUGGGGUAAAUGUGGAAGGAACAUAAAUAGUCUCAAGAGAAAGCGGGAGAGCCCCGCUGCAUAUGAUGCUGACGUAUUCCGCACCUCUGAAUUGCAUCAGCAUCCUAUCAAUGAUUCUGCUGUUAGGUUUCAUGUUGAUCAAGACCGCAAGGCAAAGAUCGUGUGCCACUUCAACAAGCAGGUUUUGCAGAGCUAUAAGAACUUCAUGAGUAGUGCACCACCUAAGCGUAUUUUGCUUCGCAAAGGUGCUGUCUGGAAAGACGUUCCAGAAAAGAUUGUCAAAUUGGCCCAAGCCGACUUCAGGGCAAAAAAGACGAUCACAGAAACAGGAUAUCAGAACCAUCUAUUUUUGCUGGAUUUUGCCCAUAUGACAUUCAUAGACACAAAGACAGGUCUUCAGAGGCCUAUUGCUUGGAUCGAUGAAAAUGGAAAGCGCUACUUCCCGGAAUCAUUUAUGCAAGACCAGAAAUUAUUUAUUAAGAAAGAUUUUGGCAAUGGAAAUCUUGAGUACAUUAGUGUUGAGCCAAAUGGGACACGAGAAAUGAAUGACCAGCUUGGAACAUCAGAAAGUUCUGCAGAAAGCUCAAACUUUGAUUCAAGUACUGAAGAUGUUUCCAGUCCUAAGAGAGCUAGGGCUGAAAAGAAUUCCAUCGUAAAUAUUUACUGUGAUAUGGGAGAAGAUAUUGGAGAAAAUGAGCCAUUCACUUUGUUGACUACAGCCUGUAACCUACUACCACACCAAGCUAAUCUGGGUGAGGUAUCACGUGCUCAGCGCACUAUUGAAGCCGUGGAGAAGCUGUUGCUGCAGGGGAUGGGUUCAGUUAUUGAAUCCAAGGACAUUAUUGGAAUCUUCAGGACUCCAUUAUUGGUUGACCACAAACAAGUCCGUUACCAUAUUCACCAAAAGCAAGUACAGGUUACCGGAUUUCAUCGUGGAAAUGCAAAUGUCCGUUAUGCAUGGCUUCCUUGCUCCAAAAGCACCGUGCAUGAAAUGAUGCUGAAUGGUGUUUUACAAGUUCAUAAGCCGCCCAUUAAGUGCGCAGCCUAUGGAGAGGGCACCCUCCUUGCACCAGCAAAUCGUUCUGAUGCCUGUGUGAAAUACUCUGAUGUUGAUGAAAAUGGCAUUGUCCAUAUGAUGUUGUGCCGUGUUAUAAUGGGGAACGUAGAAAUAGUUCACCCUGGAUCUAAUCAGCACCGACCUAGUAGUGACUAUUUUGAUAGUGGAGUAGAUGACCUUAAAAACCCACAACAUUACAUUGUGUGGGAUAUGAAUAUGAAUAGGCACAUCUAUUCUGAGUUUGUAGUCAUCGUCAAAUUGCCUUCUAAAACCAAAGAUUCCCUCGUGUCGCAAGAAGACUAUCAGAAUUCAUCUGAUCUGUCACUGGUGUUGAAUUCUAGUUCACCUGACUGUAUUUCAGAGGAGAUGAACCUGGAGGCACCUCCAGCAUUGGGAGGUGGAUGUGCAGCCCCCAUGCUAGGAGAUUCGAUGGAAAAGGCUCCAAGCUCACCUUGGAUGCCUUUCUCCAUGUUAUUUGCAGCGAUCUCUACCAAAGUGUCUCCUGAGAAUAUGGACAUGGUUAUUAGUUGCUAUGAAGAGUUUAAGAGCAAAAAAAUAAGCCGAGGUGAACUAGUAAAGAAGCUGAGGCAUGUAGUUGGUGAUAGAGUGCUAAUAUCGACGAUAAUGCGUCUCCAAGAUAAGUUACCUCCAAUGGAGAGGCGUGAGGCACCAGACGCAUCAGCGGCCAAGAUGGUGGUGAAACCGUGA